UCUGGGUUCUUCAGUCUCAGCUCCAGGAAAGCCUCUUCUCUGCCAAGACCAUGAAGCUCUGUGUGACUGUCCUCUCUCUCCUCGUGCUAGCGGCGGCCUUCUGCUCUCCAGUGCUCUCUGCACCAAUGGGUUCCGACCCUCCCACUGCCUGCUGCUUCUCCUACAUCCUCCGGAAACUUCCUCGGGACUUUGUGAUGGAUUACUACGAGACCAGCAGCCUUUGCUCCCAGCCCGCUGUGGUAUUUCAAACCAAAAAGGGGAGACAGAUCUGCGCCAACCCCAGUGAGCCCUGGGUCCAGGAGUACAUGAAUGACCUGGAACUGAACUGAGCUGCUCCAGGCACAGAGGCAGGUCUCCAGGGAAGGUCACCUGGGCCUGACGCUUCUCUGUGAGACCCGCCUUCUCCACCUUCACUACUUCUCUCAGUAGUCCCUGUUCCGUCUCUCAAUUUAAUCUUUAUUAUGUGCUGUUAUUAUAUUUUGUGUUAUUUUCAUAAUUUAUGUUGGUUUUGCCAAAGGGCACAUGUCCCCCAUGGGGAUGGUCCACCAUCAGUUUCUCUGCUAUUGUGGAUA